AUGACCCAGACCCAAGCCUCGAAUCAUCUUUUUGCCCUUUCGGUGGAGCAACAAUGUUGCCACCAAAAUCCCUCCCUCCCUCUAUACCUCGAGCCUGACAUUGCCGAAGAGAGUCUGCUUGCCAAGAACAUCGAGCAAGAGCUCGCAUAUACUUCAUUGCGUACCAUGAUGGCAGCCGUGGAGAUCUGGUAUGACCCAGACCCAAGCCUCGAAUCAUCUUUUUGCCCUUUCGGUGGAGCAACCAAGCCUCGAAUCAUCUUUUCGCUUACAUCCACGACAGCGUCACUACACCAUUAUCCAACGACAUAUGCGGGACGGUCCAACACAGUACAGUCCUCCAUACCUGGGGGCAAGACCGUGUACAGCAGUCUUUUCACGUCGAGCAAGAGCUCGCAUAUACUUCAUUGCGUACCGUGA